CUGCAUGGAGAGGAUGUGGACUCUCUCCAUGUAACCUGAUAACAGCAACCCUCCAGAUAAGACGUGUGCCACUUCCACGCAGAGCCAGUGAUUCCAAGAAUCAAGAGGUAUCAUGACUUCAACUCCAGUCACAGCGGCAGAAUAUACUGACUUUAAAAACCAGAGUUCUGCAUUAUGCACUGAUGUGAAGUGUGUCUUCUACUCAGUGGCAAAUGUGAUCAUCUUCAUCCUGGGGAUUGCUGGAAACAGUUUGGUGAUCUGGAUUGCAGGCUUUAAGAUGAAGAAGUCCGUCAUCGCCACCUGGUACCUGAGCCUGGCCGUGUCCGACUUUAUAAUGUGCUCUACCUUGCCCUUUGGUGUUGUCCAAAUGGUUACAGAUGAGUGGAUCUUUGGGCUCUUCCUCUGCAAAUUCCGAUAUUUCAUGAAGCUUAUAAACAUUUAUAGUAGCAUCUUCAUUCUUGUCAUCAUCAGUGUGGACCGCUGCGUUCUUGUUAUGUUUCCUGUGUGGGCUCGGAACAAGCGCACCGUAAGAAAGGCCGCUGUGAUAAUUAUGCUAGGUUGGAUUGUCUCAGCAGCACUUAGCUCUCCAGAAACCAUUUUCCGAGACAUUGUGUACAAACAGAAGACAAAGUGUGUUAGAAAGUACAUCAAUGAGCAAAGGCUUAUUGCCAUAGUGUCUUGCCAAUUCAUUUUUGGAUUUGUGAUCCCGUUCCUGAUCAUUGUCAUCUGUUAUGUCCUCAUCAUGCGAAAGCUGAAGUUCAACCAGAUGACGACGUCCAAGAAGCCAUUCAAGAUCAUGACGAUGCUGAUAGCUGCUUUCCUCAUCUGCUGGUUGCCUUUUCAUCUUUAUUCUUUUUUGAAAAUACAUUAUAAGGGAUUCAAUUUUGUUGAAGUGCUAAAAUUAUUUGGCGUCAUUCUUGCCAACGCCAACAGUUGUUUGAACCCACUUCUUUAUGCGUUCAUGGGGAGAAACUUCAAGAAGCAGUGUUACUCGGUUCUGUCCAACAUUGAGAAUGCAAUUGAGGAAGAGGAGGAGGGCCGGGAAGGAGUCCAAGGGACAGCUAUCAACACCAAUGAGGAAAGCAUAAGUUCAGUUGUUUGACAAAUUUGAACAGUUGAAAGGAAAACAGAAUUUUACUUGUUUAUGUUACACAAUAAAAUCCUAAAAAAUUAA